AUCCGAAUUGCCGAAAAGGAAAAUUUAAUAAAAAAAAACGGAUGGGAAUUUCAAAAUCUGGUUCUUAAAUGACAACGUUGGCUGCCUUGAUUUUCCUGGUAUCUGGGGACGCGCGUAAGCCCUUUGGUUUUGGUUAUCAAAUAUGGCCGGUCGUGGUGGUUAUGAAGAUCGCGAUAACAGAGAUUAUGGGGGCGGCGGUAGGAGAGGAGGCAAGAAGCCCUUUCCGACGGCGCCGCCGUUUACAGCCUACGUGGGGAACUUGCCCACCGGUAUCGUCCAGGGGGACGUUAAUCGUAUCUUCGGUACACUUAAAGUGAAAAAUAUACGGCUUAUGAUGGACAGGGAGACGGAUAAGUUUAAGGGAUUUUGUUACGUCGAGUUCGAGACGCUCGAAGACUUAGAGGCGGCCGUCUCGCUGGACGGGCAAGUCGACGUCGAGGGACAGGAGAUUAAAAUCGAUGUCGCCGACGGGAAGAAAAACGAGAAGGGUGGCGGAUUUUACAAAAAUCGAGGCAAUCAAGGCGGCUUUCGCGGCGGACGGUCCGGUGGCGAUCACAGAGGCUACGAUGAUUUCGAUCGACGGGGUGGAGGUAACAGGGGCGGUUUCACAGAUCGCGACCGAGGCGGUCACAGGGGAAAUUACGGCAACUUCGGCGAGGACGGCGGUCGAGAUUGGGGUCGGGGCGGCAACAGGCAGGGGGUGCCGGCUAAUUUCGGAGGUAGCCGCCCCCGACCGGAACGUAAAGCUUUCAAUGACGAUGUCGCCAAUUCGAUACCAGAUACAUCGGGGCGGCCGAAGCUAAUGCUACAGCCGAGAACAGUAUCCAUGCCGAUGAAUGCGGUCGCGGAAACCUCACAGACGUCGACGAUUUUCGGCGGCGCGAGACCGAGAGAGGAAAAUAUAGAAAAGAAAACUGGACCGGAGAAACUAUAAAGUACCGAGAGUUCUUUGUGUGUCUCUUAUUAUAAGUUUAUUGUGAAUUAUUUAAUUUUAAACCGUCGUCCCCCCAUUGCUUUUCGUACUAGAAAUAAAAUCGGCACUUACCAAAGUCGCAUAUUGUAACAAAAUUUCGUUGUUUUCGGCUUGUCUUCGAUCGUCCAAUGCAAACACUCAGGCAAACAAGGGCUUUUUUUCUUGUAAAAAUUUUUCAAAAUCAAAUCUUACAAUUUGUAGUAGAUUUAGCGCAUAGAGGUAUCGCGAGCAUUGCAAAAAUGUGGUAGCCAUUUUGUCGUCGACUUAUUUUUGUUUUGGUAUAAGCGAGAAAUGCGCCAUCUUUUUCCAGUGCUUGUGCAUGUUGUUACACCUUUUACGUGUAAUUCAACGUGCAUGUGUAUAAUAUAAAUAAAAGCGUAAAAUUUACAUGCUCUUA